AUGCAGAUCACGAACCUCUUCCUCUCUGCCCUGGCUGCAGCCACCGCAGUCUCUGGCUCCCCCGUUGCUAAGCGCGAGUCGAAGUCUAUGAUGGCCGCCGUUCCCGAGUGGACUAUCGAGAAGUUCACUCGUUCUUGCAACGCCGAGGACACAUCCUGCGACUACAGCUUCACCAUCAACACUCACACUGCGGAUCCUACCCCCUGCAAAUUCACCACUACCGGCUCUCCCGCUAGCAGAGCCGCUUCCAAUGCUAAGUGCGGUGCCUACACUGUCACCUCGGGCUGGAGCGGCCAGUUCGGCCCUGAUGCCGGCUUCACCACCUUCUCCGUCACCGACCAGAAGCUGAUUGUCUGGCCCGCCUACACCGAUAAGCAGCUCGUCAACGGCCAAGCCGUCACUCCUGACCAGAGCUACGCCCCCCAGAACCUUCCUUGA